CUUUGAAGGCCAAUAUCCCAGCUGCUGGCCUAUGUUCACAUCCGAAAGGCCACACCUUUCCACCUGAAAGGCCUUUCCACCACCAGGCCAGAACCCCACCGGAGACAGGGGGGUUAACUAAGUGACAGUGCCAUCUGCCCACCCCAGGCACAACCAAGACCUCAGAAUGACAGAGCCAUCCGAGAACUUAAAGGAUUCAAUGCCCACAGAGAGGAAGUCCAUGUGGAGGACCUCGGAGGAGAGGCGGAUGUCCGACCUCACGCGGGUGCUGGAGUGGCUGCAACGCAGGCAGGGGAAGAAAAAGCAAACUUUCCAGAAACCCAACUGGGCAGUACCCCCUAAAACAACUGGGAAGGAAGAAAAGAAAGGCCGAAGCAUCCUCAAAAAGCAGAAAGGGAACCACCAGGCAGCCUUCUCUGAGAAGACCCCCGAGCAAGGCACCAAGAAGGACAAGAACCAUGUCAUGUACCAAAAGCUAAAGGGAAAACGCCUCAGCCUGGUUCCUGGCAGCUACUCCAGGGACAACCCCAAGAAAUCUGAACUAGACAUCAAGGAUGCCAUCGUCCUGGAGUCCACUCAACGGUCCGUGCCAUACCAUCGACAAAGCAUCAUCGACCCCAUGCUCCAGGACCCUCUCUUUAGCACUCGGAGGUCGACGCUCUUGAGAGACUGGGUGGUAGGCAGGAUGCCCGAGGUCUCCUACGAGCGCAAGCUGAAGAGCCUCAUGGAGAAGGGCGCCGAGCCCAAGGUGGAGACGGUGAGAAUGCUGAAGCCGGAGGAGGUGCUGAGCUGCCGGACCUGCUGGUUUCCGCCCCCAGAUUCAAGCGCCCCUCCCAAGCCCUUUCCUGUAAAGAUGUAACUGAUAAGAUUCAGAGACUUCAGUAGGGGAAACUGACAACAGAAUAAUGUGGAUGUCCUGUAGACUGAACAGCAGUGAACUCAUCUGUAGAGUUAAGAUUGACCUCAGAUGCCUGGCACGCAGUGACCCCAUUCCAAAGUCCUGCUCUGCUCACUGACUGGCUGAGAGAUGGAUGGGUAGAAUGGCAGCCUCCCCCACUGAAGGGGGCUUCUAGCUUGACCUCUCCACGGAUGGGUGACUUUGGCUAUGGCUUUCAGUCUGACAGGGGGAUUCUAGUGGACCCUGGCCAACAGACAGCCUACCUGGGCUCAAUAGUGGGCAGAAAAGAGAUUUGGACAGGGCCCCUACCCUCCAAGGAGGGAGAGAGAAUAUUUGGAGAGAUGGCAUCCAACAAGCCAUCCAAGAAAAAGAUGAAAUUGUCCAUAACGGGAUAGUGAGUGCUCACACGUACAUUUGUGUGAGAUCUUCCAGAGCUGUGCUGGUCACAGACGGAAGGGGCAGACCCUGACUGGUGCUGUCAUGGAAAAGUAGUCCUGACAUGGGGCUGGAGAGUGGGAUCUAAGAUGGCUAUAAGACCAGGUAAGCUCUGGGCAGAUCUUGAAGGAGAGGGAGACCAUUCCCAAUGGUUAUAUCAAUAUCCAGCUCUUCCCCCAUCAACUGUAGCAAAGAAACCAGCAGGUGGCCUGAGUAGGGGGACUACCUCCUUUACUAAAGCUGGGAACAAGGUCAAGAUUUCUGGUAGAAUACAGAGCUCUCAGGAUAUGACGAUAGAGAUACUCUCUAGACCACACAGCAUAGAUGGGACCAAUUCCACUCUCCAGUGUAAGUUAGAAUUGUGGAGCUUUAGCUAAGAUUUUAAAUCAAUGGCCAGACUUUUAAAUUGUUUGAAUGAUAUUAUAAGAAAAUACUCUCCUUUCCCACAAUUUACUCAGCUUUUAUUGCCACCGUUCUGUAUUUG